AUUAUUUUAACAAAACAUGGAGUAUUAGUGCAAUGAGCCCUAAAUAAUAUUUUUUGCCAAGUGGUCCCAGUGCAAAGCUCUCUCGUGGCCCAAUUAUUAUUACAACUUUCUCCACCAUACAGUUCUGUGCUCGUCUUCGGGGUCAACCCGGCGGCUUCUAUGAACAUAAUCUGAAAAUCAAUUAUCUCACUACCACCCGUUCUCUGCAAACUUUGAGCUGGGCGUGCUUGCUUGCUUUCUUUCUUCUUUCAAUUAUCUCAUCAGUUAUGGCGGAACGAAAUCUCACCAUUGUCGCAGAUCAUAUUCUUGAGCAUUUGCGCUCUGAAGACGAGAAGAUCGGAUCUCUGAGGCGUAUUGUGCUGCCAGAGCUCCUGCAAGGAUUCAAAGGAACCGUUUCAACACUCAAACCUCUGCUUCUUGAUGCGGAGAAGAAGAGUUUCGGCGACGAAGGACUCAAACAUUGGCUGCUGAGGCUCGGAGAUCUACUCUUUGAUGCUGAUAACUUACUUGAGGAGAUCAGGCUCUACUCUCUUUACGCAGCUGCUAAUUCGCCGAAAACGACUUGCAAACAGCUAGCAGGACUACUGCUGAAACAGGUACGCCGUUUCGUCUUGAUCUCAACAAGCAGCAAUUAUGUAGUCCCUCGAUUCAAGAUAAUCAACGAGAGUCUAGAGAGAAUUGCAGCUGAGAGAAACGAGUUCAAUUUGGAGAAGCUUAGUGAGGAUAUUCAACUUCCCGUGGCUGAAGUAGCAUUGGAGACUAGUACAGCUCCCUCAUCUAAAGUUGGACGUGAAAUUUUUGCGAGGAGUAAAGAUAAAGAGGAAAUCGUAAGAAUCUUGCUGGAUGCGGAUGCGGGACUAAUUGGGAGGGAUUAUGCUAAGGUUCUUCCCAUAUACGGUCAGGCAGGAUUGGGGAGGACGUCGCUCGCAAAGGACGCGUUCCAUGACGAGAGGGUACGAAGACGUUUUGACCGACAAAUGUGGGUACGCGUUUCUAAAAACAUGGACGUUAAAGAGAUUUUAAAAGAAAUGGUCGCAAGUGCAACUAGUGGAAGCAUAGAGAAUCUUCAUGAUUUGCCAGAGUCACAGUUGGCAGCGCAACUUCAAGAUUCAUUACAGGGAAAGCGAUGCCUCAGUGUGUUAGAGGACGAGAGUGACGAACCGAGUAAUAAAUGGCCUCAACUGGAGUAUCGCGUUUUACAAGUCGGUGCAAGGGGGAGUGCGAUAAUUCUAAUUACCUCUUCAAGAUGGUUUGCAGAAAUUGCAGGCAACGUCAAACCCUUUUGCUCAGAAGGUCGACUAAAUUACAAGAAGUACCAUAGGACUUAUUUUGAGAAAGCCAACUCCAAGGGGUCAACGUUGUUCCACAAAGAAUUGACAACCAUUGGUGAUGAGAUUUUAAGACAGUGUCAUGGGCAUCCUCUUCUCUUCUCGGCAAUAGGAAGCAUGUUAUCUUCGGAUUAUAAAGAACAAGUGUGGCGGUCUUUCUACGAAAAUGAACUCUUAAGAACGCUGGAAUGUUAUGUACGUGAUGCUCGUUUUCGGGAUUGUCAAUUGCUGAAGCUGAGUUACAAUCACCUCCCUUUCCGUCUACAACAUUGUUUUGCUUACUGUAGCUUAUUUCCGAGAGGUCAUGAGAUUGAUGUGCGAAUGCUAAUAAAGUUGUGGAUGGCACAAGGCUUUAUCGAUCCCAAAGAUUCAACGCAAUCUUUAGAGCAAGUUGGCUAUAAGUAUUUCAUGAAUUUACUUAGUAGAUCCUUCUUUUAUGAAGUUGCAGUUGAUGUUAGUGGGCGUGUGACAAAAUGCAAAAUGCAUAAUUUGAUGCAUGAUCUAGCUACUUAUGUAGCUGGUGAGCAGUGCCGUUUGUUGAAUUCAAGGAGUGCUGUUGAUACAAGAGCUUCCCAUCUAUCAUUUGGUGCUGAUUUAUCUUUCGAUGAACAUGUGCCAGCUUCAUUGAAAAGUGCGAAAAAGUUGCGAUCCAUUCUUUUGCCGACCAAGUUACGGAGGAAAGACCGAGAGGCUCCCGAUGAAGGAAUUUUUUAUACUUUAAUUUCUAAUUGUAGAUUUUUGCGGGUACUGGAUUUGCAUGCCUUGGGGAUUAAGAAAGUACCAAUUUCUAUUGGCAAGUUAUAUCACCUAAGAUAUCUGGAUCUGUCUGAAAAUGAGUACAUCACCAAAUUGCCCGACUCCAUCACCGAGCUUCUAAAUUUGCAAACCCUCAGACUGUCCUCAUGUUUCAAGCUUAAAAAGUUGCCAAGAGACAUUGGAAAACUAAUCAACCUCCGGCAUCUUGAGCUUGAUGGGUGUUACAGUUUAGUAAGUUUGCCUCGAGGAAUUGGUAAGCUGACAAAUCUGCAGACUCUUUCACAACUUGUACUAAGCGAGGACGCCUCUACGCGCAACAACGAGCUAGAGCAACUCAAAGGACUAAAUAACUUGACAGAGGAUUUUGAGAUUAAAAACCUGAAGCAUGGAAAAGAUGACAUGGCUGCAACAUAUUUCGCUGUGAUAAGACAAAAAGUGCGAUCCUUGUCCUUAGAAUGGGAAAGCCAUGCACCAGAGUCUGAUGAUAACGACACACAACUAAACGCUAAAUUAUUUUCAGACCUUGAAAAAUUAUCUUUAAAUGGUGUUAGAGGUGGCACACUGUUUUCUUGUUUCUUUCCUAACAAUCUGGUCAAGCUUUCAUUGAGGAGAUGCGCAAAAUGCUUCGUCUUACCAGCAAUCAGUCAGUGCCAUAAGCUUAAGGUGUUGGCAUUGGACGAGAUGACCGAUCUGGAAUAUGUUGAUAAUACAGGCGUUUCAUCACAAGGGGAAUUCUUCCCUGAUCUACAAGAACUCUGGCUCACAGAACUGCCUAAGCUACAAGGAUGGUGGAAACCUAGUUCAGUUUCACAAGAGUACUUGCCUUCAUUUCCUCGUCUCUCUAAAUUAGUAGUCGAGGAUUGCCCAAAGCUGGAUUCAAUGCCGCUUUUCCCAACGCUAGAAGACGGGUUAGUGCUGGACUCGACUUGCUGGAAUCCAUUCCAACUCACCAUGAAGCACAGAGCAGCAGCCACCAAGAAUAAAGUGUCAUCGUCAACUUCCUCGCAGUCAACUCCUCUCUCCAAAUUGAAGAAACUGUGCAUUGUUGGCAUUCCAGAGUUCGACGACUCAAAAGCCAACGAAGUUGAAUGGCAUAACCUGAAAAGCCUGCAACUGUUGAAAUUUGAUUCUCUUCCAGGUCUGACGACUCUUCCUGAGGGGCUUAAACCAGCCACCAACCAGGCCGAGGGCGGUAAACCAGCAGGCACCAACCAGCCUGAGGGCGGUAAACCAGCCACCAACCUGCAAGAGCUCCAUGUUUGGCGCUGUGGUCUGCGUGAACUCCCAGCGUGGAUUGACAAACUCGAACUCCUUGAGAAACUUGUGAUUCGCGCAUGUCCAAUGAUGGGAACACUGCCUGGAGAAAUUCGUGGACUCAAAUACUUGAAAACAGUGGAAAUUGAUGACUGUCCCAUGCUACAAAGGAGAUGCGAAGAAGGAAUAGGUGCAGACUGGGAUAAGAUUUCUCAUAUUGAAACACGGCAAGUGCGCCGAAUUUCUGGCAGUUGAUCCAUUGGCUCUUCCCUUAUUCAGGUGGCAAACAAAGAUUGGAGCUGUAAAGAUUAAGUUGAAUAUCAGAUCAUAAUUUGUAGAUAUCAAUAGUCAAUUUCAGUGUAAGUUCCAAUUAUCCGUUAGAACAAAUUGGUGCAAGUGAGCAAGUGGCAAUGUACUGUUAUUUUGCUUUUUUAUUUUUAUUUUUUUUAUCUAUUCUGUAAAAUGUAUAAUUAAAGGAGAAAACAGAGGGAUGGUCUGAUAAGUGAGAAAAACAAGAGAAACAAGAGAGUUUUCUUUCUUGAGAGAGAAACAGUGCGGGGUUUCAAGUGAGAGAAAGGGGCUUGAAUGUGUACUGAGUUGGAAAAGCUUGUUCUUGUUGUUCUGUGUAAACAGUUAAUAAAAUUUCCUUUUGAGGUUUCUUCAA